GUUCCCAGAGCCAUGACUGCAACGGUGCAGACGCUGCGCUUCAAGCUGCUGCCGCCGCACGACGCGGGCCAGGAGUGGGCGCACAGCUGCCAGCAGGAGAUCGAGCGUCGCUACCAGGUGGUGCCCUCGGUGGUGUGCGCCAUGUGCUGCCUCUUCGGCAUCAUCUACUGCUUCUUCGGCUACCGCUGCUUCAAGGCCGUCAUGUUCCUGACGGGGCUGAUGUUCGGCUCCAUCAUCAUCUUCAUGCUGUGCUACAAGGAGCGGGUGCUGGACACGCAGCUGAGCGUGGAGGCUUCGGUGGGCAUCGGGCUGGGCAUCGGGGUGCUGUGCGGGCUGGUCACCAUGCUGGUGCGCAGCGUCGGCCUCUUCAUGGUGGGGCUGCUGCUGGGGCUGCUGCUGGCGGUGGCCACGCUGGUGGUGAUGGAGCAGUUCUACCACCCGCCCACGGUGUGGAUCCCCAUCGCGCUGCUCCUGGGCGUGGGGAUGCUCUUCGCCGUGCUCACCCUGCAGUGGCAGCGCUUCUUCACCACCCUCUCCACCGCCGUCUUCGGCAGCGCCAUCAUGACCGUCACCGUCGACUACUUCAUCGAGCUCUUCCUCCUGGUGCAGUACAUCUACGAGCGCAUCAAGGUGGCCCCCGCCCGCCCCGUGUGCUGGUACAGCUGGGUCAUCCUGGGCGUCUGGCCGCUGCUCACCACGCUGGGCGUCCUGGUCCAGUGGAAGGUCACGGCCGAGGGUUACUCUCACACUGAAGUGAUCAUCAGCCGGCAGCAGCGCCGCGUGCAGCUGAUGCGCAUCAAGCAGCGGGAGGACCGAAAGGAGAAGAAGAAGAAGCGGCGGCCCCACCACCCGCCGCCCCACCAGCACAAGGCCCACCCGCCCGAGCCCGCCUACCGCCGCAAGCCCAACCCCGUGCGCCGCUUCGAUGGGGACGUGCUCUCCCCAGUGAGUCCUGCGCCCAGGAGCUACAUCCAGAGUUUCCGGGAGCGGCAGACGGGCCCGUCCCUCAACAGCCUGAUGGCCAGCUCCCACGCCGUGGUGGACCUGGACUAUGACUGCAGCUCCACCGUGCCCCUCACCACGGGCUCCGGCCCCGCUGUGCGGGUAUAA